AUUCUCGGCUCUCGUCGUCUUCUCCCUCUCAGUGUUGUUGGGAAGGCAGUGAGAGAAACCACUGUAGUCGGUGCUUACCUACCUGUCAACACACAGAAAAACGUUCCCGGUUGAACAUUGUGGAUUAUUCCUCCGAGUAACGCCGUCUGCAGAAGAUCACCUCCCCGGUGCAGUCAUGGAUAUGAGCGGUGCGGCGUGGAGGGGAGAGGGGGAUUUAAAUUUCUCCCUCGGUCCGAACAGCUUCUUUUGAUUGCAAGUAGUUACGGUGCACCAGAGCAGAACCGGGCUGCGUUUCUUUGCAACCGAGAUAAAAACAAAACAAAAAAAAGUUCGUCGAUUCCAGAGGAGCAAACAUUAGUGCAUGCGUGCUCGCUCGUUUAUUUCCACGUAGUUUUGGGAGUUUUUUUUUUUUUUUUUUUUCUUGUGUUUUUCGGUUUUCCGGAGCGGAGGAGGUGGCUGCGGAGUGAAGGCGGCUCACCGCGUCGGGACUGACCACCGGAGUUGGUCCUGAAAAUGGAGGCUGUUAUCGAGAAGGAAUGCAGCGCGCUCGGGGGACUCUUCCAAACUGUUAUCGGAGACAUGAAAAGCAGCUACCCUAUUUGGGAGGACUUUAUCACCAAGGCUGGCAAACUGCAGUCGCAGCUCAGGGCGACUGUGGUUGCCGUGGCCGCCUUCCUGGAUGCGUUUCAGAAAGUGGCCGACCUCGCCACCAACUCAAGAGGUGGGACGAGAGACAUCGGCUCGGCGUUGACCAGGAUGUGUAUGAGACAUCGCAGCAUAGAGGCUAAACUCAAACAGUUCUCCAUGGGCUUCCUGGAGGGUCUGAUCAACCCUCUGCAAGAACAGAUGGAAGACUGGAAAAGAGGAGUCAACACUUUGGACAAGGACCAUGCAAAAGAGUAUAAAAGAGCUCGGCAGGAAAUCAAGAAGAAGUCCUCGGACACACUGAAGCUUCAGAAGAAAGCGAAGAAAGCUGAUAACCUAGGCCGUGGAGAUAUCCAGCCCCAGUUGGACAGUGCAAUGCAGGAUGUCAGUGAUAAAUACAUUCUGUUGGAAGAGACGGAGAAACAGGCCCUGAGAAAGGCUCUUAUAGAGGAAAGACAGAGGUUCUGCUGGUUUGUAGCCAUGCUUCGGCCUGUAGUGGAUGAGGAGAUUUCUAUGUUGGGAGAAGUUACACAUCUCCAGGCCAUCUCUGAUGACCUCAAGGCCCUGACAUCUGACCCACACAAGCUUCCCCCUGCCAGUGAACAGGUGAUCAUGGACCUUAAGAGCUCAGACUAUGGUUGGUCAUAUCAGACUCCACCUUCAUCUCCCAGCACCACCAUGUCCAGGAAGUCGAGCAUGUGCAGUAGUCUGAACAGCGUUAACAGUAGUGACUCCAGGGGAUCCAGUGGCUCUCACUCUCAUUCUCCUUCCUCCUCUUCUUCCUCUUCUUCCUCACACCACCUCUUCCACCACCAUCACCCCCGCCAUCGAUACCGCAGCUCCACGCUACCCCAGCAGGCCCCGGCUCGGCUCUCCAGCAUCUCCUCCCACGACUCGGGCUUCAUUUCUUCAUCGCAAGACCAGUACACGAUGUCCAAAUCGUCCUCGCCAAUGACGGCGGAAACAAAGCCUUGUCCUGGUUCCAGCUCCUCUGAGAUGUCAGAGUCUGGGCAACUUCACAGCGACUGCAGCUCCCCCUCUUCUCUAGCUGCUGCUACUGCGCCUCAGCACGCUACUGACAAGUUGUCCAAUGGGUUUGACCACUACAGCCCAGCCAGUUCCCCUUACCCGCACACCAGCAACGGGGGGAGUUUAGGCUCAGGGUCAGGCACUGCCUUCCCCUUCUUCCCUACUUCCUCUUCAUCCUCCUCCACCACCACCACCUCCACCUCCACCUCCACCUCCUGCCCCACCCGUUCAUGGUCACGUCCUGCCUCGGCCCUGCUGCCAGACUACACUCACUACUGCACGUUGGGCUCCCCCAUGGUGCCUUCAUCGCGAGUCCCCAGCUGGAAGGACUGGGCAAAGCCGGGGCCUUAUGACCAGCCAAUGGUAAACACACUGAGGAGGAAGAAAGACAAAGAGACUCCAGCGGUGGUGGGCACUAAUGGAAGUAUGAACAAUAAUAGCAGCCCCCCCUCUGGCCAGGCCUCGAUCUCUACACCUGCUCCAGCCGCGCUGCAAACAUCAAGCCAGUCGGCGUCAGUGGAAGAAAACAACAGGGUUGUGCCUGCACCUCUGAAGGCUGGUGAUAUGGAGGUUCAUGAUGAACUGGCUCUGGCCUUAUCCAGAGGCCUGGAGCUGGACACCCAGAGGUCCAGUAGAGACUCCAUCCAGUGCUCCAGUGGCUACAGCACACAGACCAACACACCCUGCUGCUCUGAGGACACCAUACCGUCACAAGUUUCAGACUACGACUACUUCUCGAUGGCUGGAGACCAAGAGUCUGAGCAGCAGCCGACUGACUUUGAUAAGUCCUCCACCAUCCCCAGAAACAGUGACAUCAGUCAGUCCUACAGGCGCAUGUUCCAGACCAAACGGCCGGCCUCCACAGCCGGCCUGCCCAGCACCCAGGCUCCUUACCCUGGACAGGUGGCUUACCACAUGGGGACCUACCCCUCCACACCCAUCCACACAGGAGCUUAUACAUCAGCUCCCACUGGACCUUAUCCUCCUACUCCUACAGGCCACGGUCCAGUUAUCGUCACACCGGGCGUUGCCACAAUCCGCCGCACCCCUUCUUCAAAACCAUCCGCCCGCCGCACGGGCUCCGUCGGAGGUACAGGCCCCAUUCCUAUUCGUACUCCUGUCGUGCCGGUUAAAAUCCCCACAGUGCCCGACAUGUCAGGAGCAGUUAAUGGGAGCAGGGGCGGAGAGGAGAUGGGGGGAGGAGAAAGCCCAGAUUCUCCAACAUAUGCCGGGGGGGAGCACGCAGGUACGCUGCCCGUGGUGUCCUGGAGCGGUCAGGCUACGACCAACCCUCCCGUCGUACCCCACCAGCUGACCCAGCAGCAGCUCCCGCAGAGCGAGAUGGGACCGCAUGGAGGCGGGGACCAGACGGGGGAGAUGGAAGGAGGAAACAUGCUGACGGCCAUCCGAAAGGGGGUCAAACUCAAGAGGACCCUCACCAACGAUCGCUCUGCGCCGCGCAUCGCAUGACGACGUCCCCGUGAUGUUUAGCUGAAGGUCGCGGUGAUAGAAGCAGGGCUCCUCGGUCGUUGUGUUUGUAAAUUAGGUCAAAAGCUUUAGAAAAAAAAAAAAAAUGUUGCUGAUAGAAGUGCAGUGUUCAAAAUGAAAAGGCCUCUUAUGCUACUAGGAGAAGUGACUUGUUCUUACUCUACGGACGGCAUUUCUAAAUGUUAACUACAGAUUUUCAGUGAUUUAAAAAAAAAACAACAGUAUAUAUAUGUGUAUAUAUGUAUAUAUAUAUAUGUGUAUAGGCUGUUGUUCAUUUUCAAAUUUAGCUCACGAUACCUCAAACGAUGAUGUAAAGCCGGGUUCUUAAUUCAAAAGUGGCUCACUUGUGUUGACCUUUGUGAGUUAUAGUACGAUCCUGACUAUAAGGAGAAGAUCUCAGAUUUUACACUGGCCAAAGCACUAAUAAUAGGUGAGCCAGUCCAGGCCUAUAGACGUGUGGUGAUGGGGAGAAACAUUCGGAUGCGUUUCUGUUAAUGAAAAGCAAGAGUAGCAUUACGCCGUGCGGAUUUCUUCAAGCGGGCAGUGGGUUGGUGAGUUGGACGAUGGAUAUGCCUCCUCUCACUGUGUAUUAUGUGAACAAACUCAUUGUCUUGGAGACGUGGGGAAAAACUCUGAGUCCCUUGUGACUUGGCAAAAGACAUGCAAUAACCACUUCAAGUACCACACUGCGUCGAGAGAUCAGUGUUCAGGUGCGGUACGAAGAGCUGAUUGGCUGUUGACCGCACCGUUUGGGAACUCCUGAACUGCACAGACUGCUGUAGAAAGGUGCUCUCCUCCAGCCACAGUUCAAACACUUAAGUCCAGUCCACAAAGCCACCAUGUGCGGAGGUACGACCAACACGGACUGCUCCUAAAAAGCAGAGGAACAGACUCUAACACAGCCACUGCUGAGCGUUGGGUGAGACGACAGUGUGAGUGUCACACGCUAGAAGCUGUGGCAUUAAGAGACGGUACAUUCUACGUCCACUUUUACUUUACUCGCUUUAGUAUCCUCCCCAUUUGUAAAUAAUUUCUCUCGCUUCUCUCGCUUCUCUGCUCCUCCACGGUGCCAAAACAACGUCUUUAAAUCGAAUAUAGCGAUCAUCAUUUGCCUUGAGAUGUGUCCUUUUCUUCCUCUUUCCAGUGAGCUUCGUUUAAUCUACAGUCUCUACAUGCUGAGCUUUGUAGGGCCUCCCAGUGGUUCGUCUUAAUAUACCUUUUAUGUAGUGUUCAACAGACGUAUUACACCCUGCUGUGCAUCGAUUACACACAGCGUUAAUAAAUGUACAAGUGCAGAUGUGCCAUGUCAACAGUAAUUCAAAUUUAUAUAUAUAUAUAUAUAUAUAUAUAUAUAUUAUUAAAGAAGCUAAUGCAGCAAAUUAUUUUUGAUGUUUUAACGUUCUCAGUGUAAAGCUAUAAUUUGGUGACGCCACAUAGUUUUUGUUCUGUCCAGUUGCUGUUAAGUUGAAUUUCUUUAUUUUCUUGUCAACAUGUGUACGCUCAUUUACAAACACUUUUUUUUUUAAUUGCAAAGAAUCCAGUGUAUAAUUUAAGAAAUGUGUUAUUAGAUACAUUUAAUUUUUUUAUUUUAAAUUGUUUGGGUGGGAGUCGUCCUCAUAGAAACAGCAUUGGACUAUUGGCUAAAUAUGCUGAUUAGUGCCACUGUGUCGGAAUAUAGUCAUUGUUUAUUUGAUUUGCAUUUCAGUUCAAGCACUGUGAGACCAUGGCUACUACAAAAUGUAUGAAACUGUAAAUAUUAUUCAGCUGUACACGUUAGUCCAGGAACUCACACGUUUCCUUCAUUUCUUUUUUUAAUUUAUUUUCUUUCCCAGUGUUUAAACCUCCUCUCCUUCCUCGACCUAUCUCUAUUUUUAUACGUACUAUAAGAUAUCUGAGUCAUUUCCUCUGUCAGUGCAUGGGCUAUCUGAGGUAGUGAAAUGUUAAUGACUCUCCUGCUUUGAAGUCCUUUAUUUCAUUUGUAUAAACUGCGACACGUAAAGAAGCACACGGUUUUAAAAUGAGCAUUUUAAACAGGCUUUUGGUUUUCUUCAGUAUUAUGAGUCCACAUUUGGAGAUCACGCAGAGCUGCACCCUCUUCAGCCUCAGUUUGGUCAAAAGAAAAAAAAAAAUCUUCCGAAUGGAUUUGACAAAAUCUUUGUUUAAAGUCAAAGUUCUUUCUGAUUGUCUGCAUAUUCUAGUUUGACACGCAAAUUUGGAACCGCUCCCUGAGGAUAAUUAGAUUUCAAAUGUCUCACGUUUUUACGUCCAUCUUGUCUAAAACUUGUAUUAUCGACCUGUAAUUCCCAUAUUUAAAUUGCUAGCAUAAAUAUAUAUUAUAUAAUGCCAAAUGUCAGUAUAUCCUAUGAAUAAGAAGUUUAUAGUUUGUGAGAUUUGAAAGUACAGUAAAAAAAAAAUAAUAAUACAGUUUUCUAGUUUAGUUUUUAGCUUAUUUUUGACCCUGAGGAGAGUUGACCUCUCUUUUUGUCCCUGUGUAGUUCAGGCUAUGACGCAGUUCGUUCAGCAGGUUAAAGCUUGUUGUUGUUUGUGUUAUGACUGCUUCAGCAAUACAAUAAAAAAAUAUAUUAAUUUUGA